UAGUUUGGUUCUCCAUACAGUUGAAUGUUAGCUGUAUUAACUUUAAGCUGCAUCUGUCGAUCACUAAUCUCAUUUUGAUGAUUUUCUUAAACUUUUUCGUUGUUUGGCCCAGCUGGUGGACCUGGAUAAAUGCGUGUAUUGUCUCCGCGGUAUGUUCCUGUAGAGAAAGAAGUUAAUGAUAAACAUUGUAGAAAGUGACUAGGUGUACAUGGGCGUGUAUUAAUCCUGCUAUAUGUCUGCCUUGUGCAGUGUUAUACUUGUGAACCUCUUGCCGAACAGAUGGGAGGGGACGGACCAACUCAAAGCGCUUUUCCUGUAUAUAAUAAUAUUGACAAGCAAAUACGCCAGUUCAAUACAAUCGCUGCCACCGCUUCCGUACGGCAGCUAGCUGACUUCUGAUCGAACAGGCGGUAAUGUACGCUACGCCUAUCUGAGCGAACACACGAGCGAGGACGCCUGCGAUCGGCAGUGUGUAGCACCUAUCGUGAGCACGCGUCGGGCUGUAGCCUCCUCACACACGGAAGUAUCUGGAGCUGUUUAAACUUUUCAAAUGUUCAAGUAAAAUGACUUUUGUAAGUUUUUGGAUUGAAGAAAAAGUCAUAUCAGUACAGUGUAUUUAUCGAUGUUGACUUAAAGUAUUCAUAUCGUUUUGUAACCGUUGUUAUUUCAUAACGGACUAGUGUGUACGAGGACAAUGUAUUAAUCACGAGUGAAGCCAUGCAGAUCAUAUACGUGUUCUGUAUAGAAAUCUCGGGGACAUGCCUUCAGUGAAUACGCUAGGAUUAAAUAGUGAAUUCGGUUUGAUUAAAUACCUAUUUAUUCAAGAUUUUCAGUGUUUGAAUUCGGUAAACGGAACCUAGAAAACACUAUGGAUUAAAUAUUCCAGGCGUGUUUUUUAUAUGAAAGUUACCUGGUCAUGUUUGGAUAUACCUACAGUAUACACAAGUACUUUACGGGACACAGAUCUGUGCUGGUACGGUGAGUGAGAGGGUUACCUGAUUGAAAAAAACUUGAUUUUGAAGAACGUGUAACAUGAGCAGUUUUAAUGAUUACACGUCUGGCGAUGUCCAAAUACCUUGAUUCUGGUUGGUGAGGGUAAUUAUCUAUACAAACAGCGAUAGGUUGUUGUGAGGCGGUUAAAACAAACCCCUAUCUUCACCCAAUGUUUUAUUUACAGUGAUCAAAUGGAGGUGUUUACCCGAUAUCGCGUUCACCCUAAAUGGAAGUUGUUCGUCAAUUGAUCCCUGGCAGGCCAGUGUUUGCUGUGGUUCCACUUUAAAAUUCCAAAAACAAUCCGUGAGGAGAGGACGAGCGUUGUGUUAGUGUAUGGGUGCCUCUAUAGUCCGCUAUGGGUCUGCUGAUCCGGUCCAGCCACUCCUUGAACACAUUGGAUUUAACCGCUGUUCGGUUGAGGAAGAGGGGGAGGGGGACAUAUAGGCAGCAGAUGCCACAUCACAGGAUCUAUUUGAGGAUUUGUUGUUCACAGGAACAUGGUGACCAACUACUCCGUGUUUCCUAGCCUAGGAUAUGAACUGUUCGACAAUGGAAGCGCUGGAGAUAACAUUUCCGGCGAUAUUGAUACGGAAACCAGUGGUCCUUACACUCUCGUAGAGAGUAUUGUGAUCGGGACGAUCCUGUCGCUGGUCAUUAUUUUGGCCAUUGCAGGAAAUAUUCUCGUCUGUGUCGCCGUGUUUACGGACCGGAGAUUGAAACACCUCAACAAUCUAUUUAUUGUGUCGCUGGCUAUAGCAGAUCUCCUGGUGGCCAUCCUUGUGAUGACCUUUGCUGUUGUCAAUGAUAUUCAGGGGAGAUGGCUAUUCGGGUCCGUGUUUUGCGAUAUUUGGAUUUCUUCAGAUAUCAUGUGUUCAACCGCCUCAAUCCUUAAUCUCUGUGUGAUCAGCCUAGAUAGGUAUAUACAUAUCCGUGACCCUUUACGUUACGAGAAUUGGAUAACUUGGAAGAAAGUUGCAGGGAUGAUUUCGUCUGUAUGGAUUAUGUCUCUCAUCAUAUCAUUUGUUCCAAUUCAUUUAAGGUGGCAUAAAAAUCCGGAAGACUAUGGAAAACCUCCCGAUGAAAACGCGUGUCAUAUGGAUCUGAAUAGAGCUUACGCAGUGGUUUCGUCAACUAUAAGUUUCUAUAUACCGUUAAUUGUGAUGCUAGCAAUAUAUAUCCAGCUGUACGCAUAUGCACGAAAACACGCAGCAAACAUUAAGAAAAUCAACACACCUUUAUCACAAGAUCGCUUUAACAAUGCAAACGGAAAAAGCAGUGGUUCCAAAAUGUCUGACCACAAGGCUGCCGUGACACUUGGUAUCAUUGUAGGAGUGUUUCUCUUCUGCUGGUUGCCUUUCUUUAUUAUGAAUCUGAUAUCAGCGUUUUGUGAAUGUGAUGUUCCCGCGGCAGUCUUCAGCAUCCUAACCUGGUUAGGAUACGCAAAUUCUUUUUUAAAUCCAAUCAUUUAUAGCAUAUUUAAUCGUGAUUUUCGUGACGCUUUCAAACGAAUUUUAUUCCCAAAAUCAUGCAAGUGUAUUGAAAAUCGACGUCAUAACAACGGAUUUAGUCACAGGAGUCCAAGAAAACAAAUGAACAAAUCUGAAUAUAUUAUGCAUCCAACAGAAAAUGGUUCUAAAAGAGACUGUAAAGAACCGCUUUGCUCAGAAAUGACAGCUUUGUAAGUUGAAUUGCCUUCCAGGUGAGCUCCAAAGACUUUUACGCCACUUAUUAGUUGAAAUAAUAUAUAAAUAUAUAUGUAGAGAGAGAGUAAUUAUGUUGGUUAGAGAGAGAACUCGAGAGCGUGAGAGAUAGUAGUGCGUACACGAUAGAGAGAAAGAAAGGGAGAUAAAAAUGUUUGUGCAUAAUUUUUACUAGGACUAUUUCAUUAUCGCAUACCAAAAAAUCCCUAGUAAUUAGAUAAAUCGAUUAGACAAAUAUAUCUGCAUAUAUAAUUGUAUUCAUCAAUAGUCAAAGUUAGUGAUAACAUACAAAAAGCGUGAUGAAAUCUAAUUUUACAUUAGUUAUACAAAUAUUUUUUAGAGAGUACGUACAUUUUAAAAUAAAACAACCACAGCACUAACACCUCAGUUUGAAAUGGAAAUGAAACAUCUAAAAUAUUCUAUAAUUGCUUUUCAUGUCAUAUAAGUGAAAACGAAUUUAUGGCCACACACUAAAUCAACAAGCCAAUAUAUAUGCGGACAAUUGUUAAGAGCUUUCGGACAUUGAUCUUGGUUAUGGUGCUACAAGUAUAUACAUUAUUCAAUCCUGACCCGACAAGCUUACUUCAAUAUUUUGAUUUAUCGUAUAUUGCUGAAAUUUCCACGGGUUUAGAAGGUAGGCUGGAAUAUUUACCGAUAUAUUGUGCCAAAGCAAUUUAAAUGGACAAAGAGAAAUACGUAGGAAUGGACAAACAUUUUCGUUUUGAACGUAUAGGCUUAAUCAUACAUAGAAAGGAUAGACAAACAAACGUUAGCAUAGAGUGACCGACUCAUUGCUGUUUGAUUGUUCUUCGGGCUGGUAGAACUCUGUGCAGUCUACAGCAAGUCCUUACUUAACUCAAGCAUAUCUUUAAACCUCACUAAACCGUUUAAUAGAAGUUGCUUUGAAACUAACCCCUUUAUUUCCCUUCCGAUUGCACUAAAGGUGUCUUUCACACAUAUGCUAAAUGAUUCGCUGACUUCGACUGGAUUGCUAAUAUCCCAUCGCUACAGAACAUGCUUUUGGGAUGAAUAAUGUAAUAGAAUUCCCAUUCUGAGAAGUAAUGGAAAUUUAAAGACUCGAGGAUCGAUACACAGCAAUGACACUGAUCUCUAUACAUAUAGACAUGUAGGCUAUCACAGGGAACCUCGGAGCCAGUAGGUCACGUUAUCUACCUGUAGGCACGAAUGAUAAAAUAUCAACUAGGUCCCUGGCAAAAUUAUGAAAUACAUCUCAUGAAUGUUAUCUUAGCUUCAGGAUAUGGAGAAUGUAAAUGAAACGUCCUUGCUAGACCAUGUUACUGUGAUAAUUUUUUAUUCAUAGACAAAAGCAUACCUAAACAUUUUAAAUAGUAAUAAAAGCACACAUGGAUAAAUAUACACAUACUGUCUUUUCAUAAUUAUAAACAGGCAAAAUAUCCUUAAAAAUAGCCAGUUUCAACACUUUAUAAUGACAUCGAGUUGUCCCUUGAAUUAAAAGAAAUUUCAAAUAUGGACAGCUAUCCAUUUAAGCCUCUUGUAAUGGAAAACGACAUGUUUAUAUUCCCACAGGUCUAACAUUUGCUCAAGCAUUGUGUGCUUCCUUGAAAAAUUUAUCAGUAUUCAUAUCAUAAUCGCUCGAAAACCGACGUGAGUAAGGACAUAUUUGAAAAUGUGUGCGCUGAUGCAGAAAGGCACACAAGGUAAAUAUGUUUAUUAUUUCAUCCCUAUUUAGGACACUUCAGUGAAAUCAAGGCCUAAAGAAUUAGAUAUUCUGUUUGCUAACAGAGGUCAUCUUGGAAUAUUUCUUAAUAGAAUGAUGCAUAUUAUAAAGCUUUCUUACGAUUAAACACUCCUUAACCCAAUUUGUCAGUAUGGCCAAUGGCGUUAAUACUGUUAUAUUGAUUUAAUUAUUUUUUGUAUUAUAUAACCUUUUUUACAUCUUCAAUUUGUUUCAUCAGUUUGGAAUUACGUACAUGUAUGUAUCAAACUUUUACUUUUUGCACAAAUAAUGUACAUACCAGACGUUCCCCAACGUUUACAGACCGACCGGUCCUUUUGUAGCUUGACAAAGGUAUUCAGUGAGUCUUGAAACGUUAGAACACUUUUGAUACGUACAUUGUUUGUGUUGAAAGUAAAACUUUGAUAAAUACCUAUUCUCGAACCGUUGACUUAUGUAAAGGAUGUGCACGUAUACUUUCGAGAUAUUGGCCUGUGCAAGUGUCUGAAAUUUGUAUUUCAUUAUUCCCUCUGUUUUGAUAAACAAUACCUCCCAAACGACAAGUUAUCGGUUGCAAUAGUUAAUUUUCGUAUGAAUUAUUUUCCAAACUGUCUAAAGACACGAGACUUGUCAAACUUCUUUUCAAUGUGAAAACUAAGAGAGUUAGAUAAACAUGAAAAUCAGCCAUCAUGAAUUUGGGGGCCUCCCAUGAAAGUUCAUAUUUUAUCCGAAACAAAAUCACAAUUUCCUUUCAAUAGUAUGAUUCCUGUUUACGAUCAGAUAAUUAAUAGUAAUUAAACACGACGUCACGAUAGAUAAUGCCAGCUCUAACCGUUGUUAACUAACGUCAUAAUAAAAGAACUGGUCAAUGAAAUCACUUAAGUUGUUACCCACAUGUACGUAACAUGAAAUGUGUACGAAUACAUUGAAUGCUUAUCCAAAGCUUCAUCAGCAGAGAAAGAAAUUAUGGUUGUGAGAGAUGUAAUGUUCUCUCAUUGUAGCGACGACACAAUAAGAUACACAAUAUACCUGCUAUAAAAACGUAAUAUCCCCUUAACAAGACAUCAUUACUUGAAAUAGGAUAUGUAUACGUUGUAUAUCUAAUAUAGGAGUAACUGUCGAUUAUAUCAUUGCUACUAAAUUGAUAAGAAUGUCCAAUACUACGAGAUAUAUCUCUAAACAUCCCUAGUGAUCAAAAGAACCUCGAGGCGUUUUUGUAUUUUUUCCCCAUUCUCUUGGUCUCCUGUCGUGUCAGGUCUACCGUGUGUUGUAGUAAAGGUUUUUCCGGACACAUAUAGACAUCGAUCUCUGUCCCAAGCCUAUUCCAGUAGUACUCUCUUGUUCUAUCAGUGCAUUCCCUGGAGAAGGAACACAGUCCAUGUUAAUUAAACAGUCUGUAGAAAGUGUCAACAAUAACCGAUAGCCUUAUAUGUCUUUAUCUAUAUCAAUUUGCUUUACUGAAUAAAGUCUAAUAUAAGAAUUAUAUAAAAUCGCAAGAUGUUUUUCCAAUAUGAUUUUUUUUUAAUAAUUUUCUUAAUCAUAUUUUUUUCAAUUUUAAAACCCGGUCUUUGGCGGCUUUGGUCAUGCAUAUUGUUUAUGAUAGAGUACAAGAUACGAUUCUUUUUAAAAUAUUAUUCAUAUGGUAUUUAAUACUUCUUCAGUAGACACACCUGUUACAUGUUUUUGUACAUAUUUAUAUAUACAUUUAUUUAAAACAUCUGUUUAGUCAGGUUUUUUUGGGGUUUUUUUUGAAAGCAUUCAAGUAUGACAAAAAAUACAAUCUUACAAAGACAAGCAUUUUUAGAACACAUUUCGGACAUUUACUUCACAACCUUGGUUCCUCUGUUUUAUCUGAAAUACUAAAAGCGCUUUCAGCCAAAAACACAAGAUCAAUGCUUUAAAUAAGACAUGUUAUGUCAAAACAUCAUUACGCCAAGUGGUUGGUGAUUAUAUAUAUUUAAACCGACCAUUUUUUUCAUGUACAGAUGCUUGCAAAACACUGAUUUGAUUUUGUGUAGAUACUUGCUACAAGCGUUUGAUAUUUGAGGUAUAAGGAUGGGCUGAAUAAUGUUUUAAGAAGACGCUCAAACAGAUACACUGUUCUAUGCACUACCCACUUCUUUAGUUAGAAUACACCUUUUAUUCUGCAAACAAUAUAUCUUAAUGUUUUAUAUCUGUUUCUUGAACUAAUUUUGUUUGGUUCCAUUUAAACCUUUAUACACUUAAUACAUUUCUAAUAAGUGAACCAACGUAUGUCGCCAUUCAUUUUAAUUCUAAAUAUAUAUACUGUAAGAUACACACUUUUGAUUAUAUUGCAUUUCCUUCCUUAAUUGGAUGAAGUAUUGUAAGCGUCAAUUCACAUCGAGUAAUGCAAACAUUGUGUUUGAAACAUACAUAACAACAUGCCACACGUCAGCUGGAGUCAAUUUCUGCGGUCUUUUUCACAAUGGUAGUAUCAUUCGAUGAAUCACCAAUUUGGUUGUCUCUUUAUUUUACUUGGAAUUCAUCAGCUAUUACAAUAGGCUCGUCAUUAACUAGUUUGGAAACAAGGGGGAGAUAAUUUAAUCAAUAUCCAUUGUAUCCCUAAUUAUCCAUUAUGCAUAGUCCGUCCUUCACAUCAUAUCAAGUGACAAGCUCAUAGUUAGGCAAGCUGAUUUUUCUUUGUUAUAAUCACAUAGCCAGAAUCAAUGUAUAUUAUCGCCAAAAGUUGUUUUUGCAUAAAUCAUUAAUUUACGAAUAUUGAUUAAUCAUGCGCAAAUGACAAUUUUUGAAUCCAGUAUUUACUAAUCUUCAAAGUCAAAUUGUCUGUUUUUAUAGGGUUCGAUUGAAACGAGUUAUCAUUUGAUGAGAAGGUGAGUGUGUGAGGGAGUAGUUAAUGUAAACACAAUUGUCUUUUUACUUAUUUCAAAUACCAUCCUCGACGUAGUCAAACUUUUAUCAUGUAGCCCGUAUAUUAUUGUUAUGAGAUCUCUGCAAUAUCUAUUAUUAUAACGUUGAAUGUUUAUAAUUUCUCCUUUGUUUACUUGUUGACAUAAUAUUUAAUGAUAUUUACUUUUGUUAGAUGUAAGGUAUACAAGUCCAAACAUACUUUUGUGAUCAUGGUGCGCCACAAUGCAUUGUACUACGAACCAAAAUGGUUUAAGAACGCAAACUCAAAACAGUUAUGGUAGUGAAGGUCAUCACUCAACCUCAUGUAUACAGACCUUAACGAAGACAGUCCAACUACUUUUCUACUGUAUGGCAUCCAGCAUAGGAAUUGGAAUGAACAAACUUAGGGAUCUAUAUAGUUUAAUUAUAUAUGUAUGACCUGCAGUCGUCAGACAUUUUGAAGCAAAUCAUACCAGUGACGUUAAUAAUAACCUAUUCGGAAAGGCGAAUUAAUUAUAUUUCAAUCCUCUUAUCUUUAAUGUAGGGUGAAAGGGCAACAAUAAUUGAUAUUGAAGAACACAUUUAAUUAAAUUGUAUUUAGUUGUAAAAAUAUUUCAGCUUUUAAAGAAUGUUUAAUAAGUAGAGCUGUCUUCUUUAACAUCUGAAAGCCAUUGCCAUGACAUUGAGGCCAUUUUUUGAAGACGUAACUUGGCUAAGUAGCAUACGUGAUAUAAUGGAUACAUUCUGUGUCAGUGUUAUUAGCGUACAUUUGUAUGCAACCUUAUUCAGGAUUCGUUAGACAAAAAUACAGUAAUAUCAAGUAACAUAAGCUUAAUGAAACACUUUCCAUCAUCAAAACUGCCCACAAACUAUACAUGUUCUGAGAUUCAACAAAAAAUAAUGACACUUUGUCGAUAUUUAGAAAACAACUGAUAUCGCUCAUUGUGUUUGUUUAAAACAAAAUGAAAAUCCCAAUCUACCUUAAAUAAUAUGAAUUUCUAUGGAUGCUCAGACACGGUUAUAAAUCUGUUAAGAUAGAUCGGUGAAAGUGUAUGAAUAGUCUAGACUCCGCUUAUUCGGUCAUUCGAUAAAAAAGAUCAAAUUAACGUCGUUAGCCUGCUAGUAAGAAGCUGGCAUUGUGUGAAAGAACCUCUUGAUUUAAUGAAAAAACAUUUGCAUAUAAAUUAUUCCAUUCCCUAAACUACCAAUGUGCAUACAAAUGAAUUUAUGAAUCCUUUAUCAUGUCUGUUUUUAUAAUUGUACACGGUAAAUUAAAUAAGUGACACUCCAAUCAUGUUAUGGGAUGAACUAACUUUCUGAAAUCGAGGAAACCUACAACAUGUUGAUGGUUUUGAAUCUGAGCCAUGUUUCGUAUUAUGUAGAAUGAACGAAAACAGACGGCAGAUGUGGUUCUAGUUAGCCACUAACAAUAAAAACACAUUGUGGGAAUAGCUACAGACCGGCUCCAUAGAUCUAUGGGUGGUGCAGUGUGUAGAUGAUAUUACUAGAUAGUUACUUUGUAUCCAAAUGAAGGACGAUAAUAUAUAUAAUAUAUAUAUACUAUAACAUUAACAAUUAUCAAUGUUAGCAUAGAUUAAAAACAUUCCAAACAACGAGAACCGACUUAGCUUGUUAUCUUAAAUCAGAACUAAACAUUCAAUUUUGAAUAUGAAAAACAAGUGCAUCGCAUGCUUGCUGAUUAUAUCUGCUAGUUUACUUUAAAAUUUUGUGAUGUAGAAUAUUCAAAUGAAAAGAAUAGUUAUUUAUGUAACCGUAUUUUAGAGUUUGUCAUGAUUAUGAUAACACAAAGGAAUGAUGUAGUCUCAAUGGCGGCAUAGAUGCAGUUUUAUGUGAAUGUUAUGUUUUAAUCAUUUUAGAUAACAACAAUCAAGAACUUCAUAUAUGUUUUCUUGUCGCAGAAGUCUUGUGGAAUGCAUGUUCAAAUAAUGUUACGGAAGUCAUGUACGUCAUUCACAUAGGUAAUCUUUUAUCCUUUUUGUCUAAAUUUAUAUGAUCUAGAGAAAAUUCAGACGUCAUACUCAGAACCUCAUACUUAUAUCAAGUGAUAAUAAUGUCAUGGUUUUUCUGUUUUACUUGGCUACGCAAUGCGUUGUCUAGUGUCCUAGAAAACAGCUGAAUUGAAUGAUAAGAUAUGACAUCGUGACCUUGCGACCGUGUGACCUUGUUCAGUGAGAUUGUAUGAUGUGCCCGCAUUAGCAGGUAUUUUCAAUGCAAAUAGCAUAAGAGAGUAGCAAUAUUAUAUAUGGGGUUCCGUAGCGGACCAUUUUAAUGUGAUAUUUAUUGAAUCUACAUAUGCUAUGUGAUAUAUUAUUACAAUAUAAAUAAAUUUGACAA